AUGCAUAUGCAGGACAUGUUUGCCGCAGGAACUGAUACAACCUUCAUAGUCCUUGACUGGGCAAUGAUAGAGUUGAUCACUAACCCCAAAGCAUUAGAAGAAGCACAAGCUGAACUUCAAAGUGUUUUGGGAGAAAGAAAAGUGGUUUUAGAGAGUGAUUUGCCUCAAUUGAACUAUAUGAGAGCAGUCAUUAAAGAGACUUUUAGACUACACCCUCCUGCACCAGUGUUAGUCCCUAGAGAAUCUCUAGAGCAUGUCACCAUAGAGGGAUAUGAUAUUCCAGCCAAGACAAGGAUCAUUGUCAAUGCUUGGGCAAUUGGAAGAGACCCAGAAACUUGGGAAGAUCCAGAAAUAUUUAAACCAGAAAGAUUUUUGAAUAGCAGCAUUGAUUUCAAAGGCCAAGAUUAUGAGCUCAUACCUUUUGGAGCUGGGAGAAGAGUAUGCCCUGCUAUUACAUUUGGGAUUGCUUCUAUUGAGAUUGCUCUUGCUCAGCUUCUCCAUAGUUUUCAUUGGGAACUUCCUCCUGGUGUUACUCCUAAAGAUUUAGAUAUGACUGAAGUUUUUGGUAUCACAAUGCAUAGGAAAGUUGGCUUGGAAGUCCUUGCCAAGCCUCGUUUUUCUUGAAAAUUGCUUAUGGUAACAAUAAAGGAUUUUCUAUAUGGUUGGGUGAACUGUAUUAUUAUAGAUGGGUUAUAUUUUCUUAACUUGUUCUGAAGUGAGAUCACUCGUAGCACUCAAUAAAGUUAAGAUUCAUAUUAUUAUUUAUUAUUAAUAUGAAAUCAAGAAUUUAUGUUGUUUA